AUGAAACUAGCAGUUGCUGCGUUUUCGUUGUCGAUUCUUACUUCUCUUGGUGCCUUCAUCAGUUACAAACGGUUUUCAAGGGAGAGAAAAGCUCAAAUACCAUCGUGUUCUAACUUCAAAUAUGAGGUGCUUGAGAAGGCGACGGAGUCUUUCCACGACUCGGUGAAACUAGGACAAGGAGGAGCAGGUUCUGUAUACAAAGGGAUUCUUCCUGAUGGCAGAGUCGUUGCGGUUAAGAAGCUAUUCUUCAACACUCGUGAAUGGGCGGAUCAGUUCUUCAACGAAGUGAAUCUGAUCAGUGGAGUUCAACACAAGAAUCUUGUGAGACUACUUGGUUGCAGCAUAGAAGGUCCAAAGAGUCUUCUUGUCUAUGAAUAUGUUCAAAAUAGAAGCCUCGACCAAAUCCUCUUCAUGAAGAACACAGUCCACAUAUUGAGCUGGAAGCAACGGUUUAACAUCAUUACAGGAAUAUCAGAAGGUUUAGAAUACCUACACAGAGGAUCUGAAGUGAAAAUCAUCCAUAGAGACAUCAAAACCAGCAACAUUCUCCUUGAUCAAAACCUGAGUCCCAAGAUAGCUGACUUUGGACUCGCACGUUCAUUAGGCACUGACAAAACGCAAACCAAUACUGGUAUCGCUGGAACACUGGGUUAUUUGGCUCCUGAGUAUCUCAUCAAAGGCCAACUAACUGAGAAAGCUGACGUCUACGCAUAUGGAGUUCUUAUUAUUGAGAUAGCAACUGGCAAGAAAAACAAUGCAUUCUCGCAAGGAACUAGCUCAGCUUUACACUCUGUAUGGGAACAUUUCAAAGCAGACACUCUAAAAAGCUCGGUAGAUCCACGGUUAAAAGGGAUGUUCACAGAGGAAGAGGCCUUGAAGGUUCUUGAAAUCGGAUUGCUGUGUGUUCAGUCUUCAGUAGAAUUGAGACCGUCGAUGUCUGAGAUAGUCUACAUGUUAAAGAACAAUGAUUGUAAGUUUGACUCUCCAAGACAGCCUCCAUUCUUGAGUGCCAGUGUUCUCAUGGCUGAUGAGGAGACUAGAGACUAG